AUGGGUGAUAACUAGAAGAGACACUUUACCAAUAAAUAUUAUGAAAAUAAAGAACCUAAGUUCAACUACUUACACAAAAAAGUUAGAGAAUACACUGUUGACAACAAUGGUAAGGAAGUGCCUGAAUAAUCUGGAUAGAAUGAAUAUAAGGUGACAUCCAGAUAAUCAACAAUGAUUAUUAAGAAAAUUGCUUAAGAUAGCGAGUAAUAAAAAAAUCAAAAUAACUUCCCCGUCACUUUAAGUGCUAUUGGUUAUGCUGUUAAUCAUGCAUUUUAAAUUUUAUAGGCCUACAAAUAAACUAACUCUGUUGUUGGUGAUGUCAAAAUUUAGAUGUCAACUCUUAUUAUGGAGUUUGAAGCAGAACCUCUCGUUGAAGGUUUAGAAAAAUUGGAUUACAAAACUGUAAACGGUAAGAUUACCAUUCAAUUCACUUUGAAUAUUUAAAACAAUGAAGAAAAUGAGAGAAAAUUAAACAGUAUCCACAUCUCUAACAGAGUAUCUAGAAAUAGAGGAUACAACAAGGGCUAAAGAGUAUCUAGAAAAAGAAAUUAUAAAAAUAAUUAAAAGCCAUAUAAGCCAUAAAGCAAAAAAAGAGGUUUUCGUAGCAAUGGCAAUGGUAACCAAGAAACAAAUCAAGAAAAUGGUUAUGAUUAAAAUAAAAAUCAACAUCAACAUCCUCACAAUCAUUAAAACAAAUCAAAUUAAGACAAUCAGCAAUAAAAUAAGGGCGAAAGAGGAAAUAGAAGAAAUGAUCGUACUAAAGUCAAUUAAGGCAAAAAACCUAAUUUUUAACCUAAGUAAAGAGAUAACCAAAACAAAAGAAACUAAUAAUAGUAAUAGUAAUAAUAAUAAUAAUAAUAGACUCCUUAGUGA